CUCCCCAGCUGGCAGUUCCCUCUCUCUGGAAUGAAAGAUAAAAGUCAGAAAACAACAGAAGAUCCUUAGGGGAAUGAGAUUUAAGUGAGAUGGAAAAGGAAGGAGAGGUGGACUCGGAAUAUCCUGGACAAGGCUCUCAUUCCUGGGAUUUUGAAGGAAAAGGAACUAAGUGAACUAGUUUCCAGGACAACCUGCUGUUGGGGAGAGGGGGGGUUGGGGCAAGGAAAUGGGUGACCUGUGGUUACUCCUGCUCCUGCCACUAUCCCUGGCAGCCCUCCAUGGGGUCAAAGGCUGUUUGGAGUGUGACCCCAAAUUCAUAGAGGAUAUUAGGACCCUGCUGACAAAUCUGGUACCCUCAGAAGUCCCUGGCCGAAAUCAACUGCUUGAACGGCAGUUUAAGGAGACGAUCCAUUUAAGCUCCAAGGUCUCCCACGGGAACAAGAUGCUUCGGGUAUUGGCUGUUCAAAAGGUUGUCAAGUUGAGAACAUGGCUGAAGAACGAAUUUUAUAGACUGGGCAAUGAAACGUGGAAAGGUGUCUUUAUCUUUCAAGGCAAGCUUCUUGAGAUCCGCCAAAAACUGGAACCCAAAGUGAAAGAAACAUUAACGGCCUUCUCUGAAGUUGCUUGUUCUGAAGAUUGCAGUGAGUACAGUACAUGUGACACCGUGAGAUUUCUGCCCUUGUUCUUUGUGACUGAAGGUCCUGUCCUUGAUUGUUGGACUUGUCUUCGCAUCACCACCCGGUGCUUCAGAGGAGAAUAUUGUAGAGAAGAGGAUCCGAGGAAGGCUGAACAGCGAGAGAUUACAUUAUUUCUUGUAUUGCUGGCAGAAGCUGGAAUAUUGGCAAGUGCUGUGUUACUAUUCUAUAUGUGUGUCUCUCAUCGGAGGAAAAUGCAGACAAUACGAAAGACGCUAAAAAAAUAUCUGGAGAAGAAACUUGAAGAAUUAGUGGGGUCAGCAGAUGAGGAAGAGAGAAAAGAUUCUGGACCUAGAAAAUAAAUGCACAGACUCAAACAGGAGCUCUUUCAUGAUUCUCUUGAGUGUUGACUCAGAGUAGAAAACUGGAACUUGAGCUGCUUUGUGUUCAUAAAGUCAUAGUAUUUUAAAACUGAAAUAGAACUUAGGGUUUCCCUAGCGAAGACCCUAACUGAUAUCAUGAGGCAAUGGACACAGUGAGAGGACAAGUGAUUUACCUGGAGUUGUACAGAAGUAACACUGAUAUGUUGCAAUGCACCCAAAAGAUGAAAUGCUGCAUGAUAAUAAAGAAUGCAUUGUUGGUAACUCUCA